AUGUCAAGUGUAGGUGUCGUUGAAGAUGGUAAACGGUUUUGCCUCAACCACUUUAAUGAACAUUUUCAACAACUAUUGAGUCAAGUACAUCCAUGUGAAGAUGAUUUGAAUGAGUUAUAUGGGAAGUUAACUAAAAUAACUGCUGCUGGCAUAAAAGGAAAUCUAAUCAAAUUGAUCGAUUUAUGGUGUAAUUCAGAAAAAUUGAAAAUUGAUAAAGUGGCCACUAAUGUUAAAAAGUUGGUUUGCAGUAUAGACCUUGAACCUCGACUCGAAAGUAAUAAGCAAUCUCUAUCAAAACAGAUAGCUAAGACAAAUGAAGAUAUUGAAAAAUAUCUUGAAAGUCAACAAAUCUCAGAGAAACAACUGCAAGGACUUCAAAGGAAAAUCAUGCAUUUACAAACAGUUGUUGAAAAAUUGAAAGAAAGUAUCGAAUUAAGUACAACAAGCAUCAAUUAUUCUGACAUGAUUCGAAUAAAAUCUUCACCGGGCAUCUUCAUACCAUCGUUGGGACAGCCUGUUCGUAUUAUCCAUACACUAAAUGAACAUCACACAUUGGCAUCAUCUGACUCAACAAUCUUACUUUAUGAUUACGAUCUAGUAAGUAAUAAUAAAUAUUUAGUUUUAUGCAACCACCUUGAUGCUUCUCUCACAAAAAUACCAUGGAUCAGCGAACACGUGCAAGACAUCUGUUGGAGUGAAUCUGCCAGGAUUUAUAUUUUAAUGACACAAAAAUCGGUCUGUACAUUGGAUCUAAAUUCAGUUGGAACUUUUCAAGAUAUUGAUAAUGUAGUGGAUAAUGACCAAGAUUAUAUUGCUUGUACAUGUAAUAGAAAUAAUUUUUAUAUCACAACAAAAUCAAAAAUCGAUUAUUAUACUAUUGAAGAUUCAGUUCGUGAGCCUUCAUUACAGAACAGUCAAUGCUAUUUUGCUUUUGCUGGAUCAAAAACAAUGAGAGAUGCUAAAAUAAAAGCGAUACAUUACAAUAAUGAUCAAAAACUACUGGGCGUAUUGUGCUAUGAUGAAUUAUCAAAUCAUUCACACUUAAAAUUGUACGAUGAAGAAAUACAGUACUUAAUUAACACAAUUGUAUGUUUUCAAUUCGACACACCAUAUUUAACAACCUUAUGUGACUCAAAUCAUUUAAUUAUUUGGUUGAUUGGUGACUCAGAUCCAUUAGACACCCAGAAUUGUUCUAUUACACAGUAUUCUGAUAUUGAGAGAAAACACUGUAGCACCAAUCCACCGCCGAAGCCAAAUAUAUGUUCAGAGAGAAUAUACUCAUUAGUUCAAAUAAGCACAACGAAGAUCGUGAUUAGACAAAGAAAUGUGGUAAUUAUUUAUGAUACGAAUUCACAUUGUGUCAAACCAUAA